AUGUCGCCCAUACCAGGUCUUCCUUUUGAAAUCGUUCUCGAAAUAAUCGACAAUAUAUACCACAUUCCGACUCUGAACGCAGUUUCACGUACUUGUUGGGACCUUCACAAUGCAUCGAUAGCACUACUAUACAAUAGAGCGCUUACGAUGGAUGACGAAGAAGUACAAAGUACUACCAACAUCCACACAAACUAUGAUGUGGAGGAAUUCAUACGCGAUUAUGGUGUCGAACCAUACACAAGCCCUAUCGUUCUCUGGGCUGCCGCCGUUGACGCCGCCUACGGUCUGCCCGUCCUCCAGAGAGUUCUUGCCUUGCGGCCUAUGCAUUUGUGGGCGACAUUCCAUAUACCUGGCAACACCUGCGAGUCACACUGGCCUUGGAUAAGCGUUGUCGAGGGCAAUGUAUCGCACGGACGUACAACUGCACUGCACGUCGCCGCUGCAUCUGGUAACUUCGCCUGUGUAGAUUGGCUACUUGAGGAUUACCGCACGCGCGGUAUUCUUGGUAUCGAAGUCACAGCAACAUACGCAUGUAUUUGCCCUUCGAGACACUUGCAGGUACUCCAACAAAGACAUGGACUCAGAGAAGCUGAAGACUGUCCUGAUGCUACUCCUCUUCACUUGGCACUCGCCCACGGACACAUCGAUGUUGCUAAGCUCUUAAUACUUCAAGGUGCCAACUGGUCUACGUUCAUAGAAGGAUGUCAUGGCGUAACAGGACUCAUGAUAAUGGUAGCCAAUGGGCAACUAUCAAUCUUGGAGUGGCUCAUCGACAACAAUCUACUCAGAGACCAGGAUGUCAAGUUUGAAGAUAACUUGGGGCUUACCGCUCCUGAUUAUUUGGUUGCCUGCAUGGAUGAGAAUACGACGGCGUUGAUAACACACCUUUUGAGUGAUAGAAAGAUAACGACAAUUCCUAAAAGGGAUAGUACCUUUCAUCUCGCCUGUGAAUAUCAAAGUCACUGGGAAUUAGUAGGCGAACGGUCAACAAAUCAGGAACUUGCGACAAUAGAUAACUUUCCUGGUUAG